CCCCUCUCUUCCUCACUUUUGCAGAGACUUCAGGCCCCAAGAGCGGUUUUGGCACCGUCCAAAACCUCCUGCUCUGGCCCAAAACCAAAGUCUCCCAACCCCAAUCCCUGUUUUGUCACCCUUAGAUCCCUCCCCCCAAAACCCAAGAGUGGUUUCAGUCCUUUAAAGACCUCCUCUCCAAACCCAAAAGCUGUUUUCCUCCCCAAAAACCAUAAUUCCAUCGCCCAGAAGAGUGGUUAACGUGAUAGAAAGAUAGAUGGAAAACAGAGAUGGAGAGAGCGGGACGGCAGUUUCCGGCUACGAUUCGACGCACAGAGAUGAAGACGAGAGAGAUGUGCUCUCGGUCGAGCAAAUAUUCGAAUCGAAGACGAUUCCGCCGUGGCAGGAGCAGCUCACAUUCAGGGCUUUCUUUGUGAGCUUUGUGUUGGGAGUUAUGUUUAGUGUGAUUGUGAUGAAGCUGAAUUUGACGACUGGUAUAAUUCCAAGCUUGAAUGUGUCUGCUGGUUUGUUGGGGUUCUUCUUUGUGAAGAGUUGGACAAAGUUCUUGGAGAAGAUGGGGCUUUUAAAGCAACCUUUCACUAGGCAGGAGAACACUGUUAUUCAGACUUGUGUGGUGGCGUGCUCGGGGAUUGCUUUUAGUGGUGGUUUUGGGAGCUACUUGUUUGGCAUGAGUGAAACGAUUGCCCAUAGAUCAACGGAUGGACCCAUCGACCCACAAACCAUUAAGAACCCGGGCUUGGGUUGGAUGAUUGGCUUUCUUUUCGUCGUCAGCUUCCUGGGCCUCUUCUCCAUUGUCCCCCUCAGAAAGAUUAUGGUCAUCGACUAUAAGCUUACUUAUCCAAGUGGAACGGCUACUGCUCUUCUCAUCAACAGUUUCCAUACGCCUCAAGGAGCUAAGCUAGUCAAGAAACAAGUGGGGGCUUUGGGUAAAUUCUUCUCCUUCAGCUUCUUGUGGGGAUUCUUCCAAUGGUUCUUCACAGCAAGUGAUGGAUGUGGAUUCGCAAGUUUCCCCUCAUUGGGCUUAAAAGCAAGGGAUAACCGGUUUUACUUUGAUUUCUCGGCCACUUAUGUUGGGGUGGGGAUGAUAUGCCCCUACAUUGUGAAUGUGUCUUUGCUCUUGGGUGCUAUUCUUUCAUGGGGGAUCAUGUGGCCUCUCAUUGGGAAUAAGAAGGGAGACUGGUACAGUGCUGAUCUUAAAGAUAGCAAUCUCCAUGGACUUCAAGGAUAUAGGGUCUUCAUCGCAAUCGCCCUGAUCCUGGGCGAUGGGCUCUACAACUUCGGCAAGGUGUUCUUCAGAAGUGCACAAGCCUUGAACAAGCAUAGAAGGACCCAAGCCAUCAUCCCAGUUUCUGGAGCCACCUCUAGCGCCGACACCACUUCCUACGACGAAGAGCGCCGCAAGGAUAUCUUCAUGCGCGACGGAAUACCCAACUACAUUGCUGCCUCUGGCUAUGUUGUCCUCGCAGUCAUCUCCAUUGCAGUCGUCCCCAAAAUCUUCCCCCAACUGAAGUGGUACCAUGUUUUGGUAACCUAUUGCUUUGCCCCAAUAUUGGCUUUCUGCAAUGCAUAUGGUUCUGGCCUCACUGAUUGGAGCUUGGCCUCGACAUAUGGAAAAUUGGCCAUAUUCAUCUUCGGAGCGUGGGCAGGGGCGGCCCAUGGUGGCGUUCUCGCCGGCCUGGCUGCAUGUGGUGUCAUGAUGAGCAUUGUCUCGACGGCGUCGGACCUGAUGCAGGAUUUCAAGACUGGUUACCUGACAUUGGCAUCGCCACGCUCCAUGUUUGUAAGCCAGAUAGUUGGGACCGCAAUGGGAUGUGUGAUCGCUCCUAGUGUCUUCUGGCUCUUCUACAAGGCAUUCAAUAUUGGCGCUGCGGAUUCUGAGUACAGCGCCCCAUUUGCUACCGUCUACCGCAACAUCUCGAUUCUCGGUGUCGAGGGCUUCUCAUCACUGCCAAUGCACUGCUUGACCCUCUGCUUGGUGUUCUUCUUGGGCGCGAUGGUUGUCAAUUUCUUUCGCGAUGUGACUCCCAAGAGCAUUUCGCAGUUCAUACCGAUACCGAUGGCAAUGGCAAUCCCUUUUUAUAUCGGGGGUUAUUUCGCAAUCGACAUGUGCAUUGGUAGCUUGAUUCUGUACCUGUGGGAGAGGACCGACAAGAGGAAGGCCGACGCUUUUGCUCCAGCCGUAGCCUCAGGAUUGAUAUGCGGUGAUGGAAUAUGGACGCUGCCGGCCUCGUUCCUCGCACUCGCGAAGGUGAACCCUCCAAUUUGCAUGAAGUUCUUGUCUAGGUCAGUGAAUGCAAAGGUGGACACCUUCUUGGGGGGUUAGAGAGAUGAAGAAAAUUAUGGUGGUUGUGUUAGAGAGAGAACGCUUUGUGAUGAUGAAUGUAGCAGGGGUAUUAUUGUACAGGAUCAGGGGACUAUAUCAGGGGAGGAGAAAAGAGAAGUGAUGAUUGGUUGGUGUUAUUUUGGGUUUUUUUCUAGUUUUGAACUUUUUUGUCCUUAAGAAUGUGUUUAUGCUGGUUUGUUAGGUUGGUUGAAAUUGGAUUAUUAAUUCAAGUCCUUGAUUCAUAGAAUUGUAAAUGGUGGGCUUUAAUUUAGUAUGUGCUUCUCUGUUUA